AUGAAUACAGCUUUACCAAUCAAAAAGACUGUUGUUAUAAUCGGUGCGGGUAUUGCAGGACUUAAAGCUGCAUCUACACUUCAUCAAAAUGGCGUUCAAGAUUGCAUCAUACUUGAAGCUAGAAAUAGAAUUGGUGGCAGAUUGCAAACUGUUACAGGUUAUCAUGGACGGAAGUAUGAUAUAGGUGCUAGCUGGCACCACGAUACAUUGACAAAUCCUUUAUUUUUAGAAGAAGCUCAAUUAAAUUUGAAUGAUGGUAAGCCGAGGUUUGUUUUUGAUGAUGAUAACUUUAUUUAUAUCGAUGAAGAACGCGGAAGAGUGGAUCAUGAUGAAGAACUACUUCUGGAAAUUGUGGACAAUGAAAUGAGCAAGUUUGCAGAAUUAGAAUUCCACCAGAAUUUAGAUGUUGUGGAUUGCUCGUUUUUUCAGCUGGUGAUGAAAUACCUGCUACAAAGACGCCAAUUUCUUACAAAUGAUCAAAUUAGAUAUUUCCCACAACUUUGUCGAUAUCUGGAAUUAUGGCAUGGAUUGGACUGGAAGCUUUUGAGUGCAAAAGAUACAUAUUUUGGCCAUCAAGGAAGAAACGCCUUUGCUUUGAACUAUGACUCCGUGGUUCAAAGAAUUGCUCGAAGCUUUCCUCAAAACUGGUUAAGAUUGGGCUGUGAAGUCAAGUCGAUUUCACGAGAAGCAUCACGGAAUGUAAUAGUGAAUUGUGAAGACGGCAGCGUAUACCAUACUGAUUAUGUUAUCGUUUCAGUUCCCCAAAGUGUAUUGAACUUAUCUGUAUCACCUGAUCAAAACCUUCAAGGAAGAAUUGAAUUUCAGCCCGCCCUGAAACCAGUAAUUAAAGAAGCUUUUGAGAAAAUUCAUUUUGGGGCCUUGGGUAAGGUCAUUUUUGAGUUUGAAAAGUGUUGUUGGUCGAAAGAAAGUUCAAAAAUAGCGACUUUAGCAAACUCUACUGAUGAAUUUGUCAAAAUGGUACGUGAUGCGAAGGAUUUAGAUGACUUGAGCUCUUUGCUGGAAGGGGAUGUGCUUAAUGAACAUACGAAUGUUACUUGCUGGGAUCAGCCUUUACUCUUUGUAAAUUUAUCAAAAAGCACAGGAGUGGCAAGUUUUAUGUUGCUUAUGCAAGCGCCGCUAACAAAUUACAUUGAAUCCAUCAGAGAUGACAAAGAAUCCAUUUUUGAAUUUUUCCAACCUGUAUUGAAUAAAAUCAUGGAAUGCCUAAAUUCUCAAGAUGUUAUCAAUGGAAUGAAUUCAACAGAACAUCAUAAAAAUGUUAAUAAACCAGUCUUGAAAAACAUAAUUGUCAGUGACUGGACGCGCGAUCCUUACUCCCGUGGAGCUUAUUCAGCAUGUUUCCCAGGAGACGAUCCCGUCGAUAUGGUCGUAGCCAUGUCCAGCGGCCAAGACUCUCGCAUAAGAUUUGCAGGCGAACACACUAUUAUGGAUGGUGCCGGCUGUGCGUACGGUGCCUGGGAAAGUGGAAGGCGGGAAGCAACUUAUAUCUCCGAUUUGUUGCAGUAG